AUGAUCCUCUGGAACUACCUAGCCAAGCACACCAAGGAGAAUUGCGGUCUUUUGGCUGGGAUGGUGGUUUCCUCCCCAUUCGACAAUUUCCGUUCAACGGCUUCCCUCGAAACCUUCUUCCCGCGGCUCUUCUUCAACAGCCACCUCGCCCAAUGCCUCAAGAACGUCGUCCUCCCCCACAAAGAACUGUUCCACGAGCUGAUCGAGUGGGACGUGCUGAUGAAGUCGAACACUAUCCGCGGCUUUGAUCAGCAUUUCGUCGUGCCGAUGUUUGGCUACCGCGACUGGGAGCACUACUACACGGAGGCCACGCUGAGGACCAAGGUUGCACAAAUUCCGAUCCCGGUGCUGGCGCUGAAUUCGGCUGACGACUGCUUUGCGCCGAUUGAUUCCCUCCCACUCGACGAAAUAUCCAAAUCGGAGAACGUGGUGGCCGUGGUGACGAAGCACGGCGGGCACACGGCUUUCAUGACCCAUCGCGACCCCAACGAGAAUGGACUCGUCGAGCCGCUGCUGCUCGACAUGGGGCGCGCCGUGUUCGCCGAGAGC